UGAUCUCAUUGCAUUAUAAAUAGAGUGAAGACAAUGUGUUGUGAGUCACAAGAGCUAGCAUUCUAUAGUUUAUUAUUCUGAUAAGAAAUGGGUUGUAAGUGGCUUUUGAUGUUGUUGCUAGUAAUAAAGUUGGUUUGUUUGGGCGAGGGGUGUUGGGAUGAAGAGAGAACCGCUCUUCUACAACUUAAGUCUUUUUUCAAUUAUGUCAAUUCUUACAAUUGGGAGGAGAAUUCAAACUGCUGUGAAUGGGAAAGGGUUGUGUGUGAUGACAUCACUGGAAGAGUCAUUUAUCUCUAUCUUCGUGCAAAAAUUGAAUCAAAAUUGGAAGAGAGUCGAUACCUAAAUGCAUCAUUGUUUUCUCCACUCCAACAACUACAGAGGUUGGACUUAAGUUAUAAUAAUAUAAGCGGUUGUAUUGAGAAUGAAGGUCAAUUGUCCUUCUCCUUUGAAUUUUAUUAUUUCUAUAUUUAGCAUCAUGUUUAUUUGUCUAUAAUUUUUUUUGCAUCCACCUAGUAUCAUGUGAUUUUAAUAAAAUGAAUUCUCUUAUUACAAAAUAAAUCCUCAUAAAUUUCUCCUUUGCAAUUAAAUUGCUCAAAAACUCAUAUUUUUACUUGCCAACAACAUUUAUUAUUUGUAUGCAAUGAUUUAAAAUAUUGAGAAAGGUCCUAAAAAAUAUUAAUGUUGGAAUUUGAUUUUUACUUAUUGAUUCAUAUUUUCUAUAUUUUGUGAUAAAUUAUAUGAUUAUAUACAUGAAACAAUUUAUUGGCUUGAAAAUGUUUGAGUAGUUGCAGGUUUCGAGAGGCUAUCAAAGUUAAGAAACUUGGAGGAGCUAAUAUUAAAUUACAACCAAUUCAAUAAUAGCAUUUUAUCAUCUUUAACUGAUCUCUCCUCAUUAAAAUAUUUGGAUCUAAGUCGGAAUAAUUUGAAUGGGAUUAUCAAUAUUCAAGGUUUGAGUAACUUGGAGAUACUAGAUUUAAGUGGCAACAAUUUCAAUCAUAGCAUCUUAUCAUCUUUGGGUGGUCUUUCUUCAUUGCAAUCUUUGGUUCUAAUGGAUGUUGGAUUGAAGGGAAGUGUUGAUGUUGAAGGAUUAUAUUCCUUGAAAAACUUAGAGGAGCUGAACAUGGGAGAGAGAAUAACAUUAACCAAUUUGUCAACUCCAAAGAUCAUAAAGACUUGAAGAAGUUGAAUGUCCUCUAUCUAAAUGAAAUUGAAACCAUCGAUGCAAGUGUUUUUUUACAAUCAACAUUGAAUUCAUUCCCAUCUUUGAAGACACUUGACCUUACAGAAAAUAAUUUCAAUAGAACAGUAAUUGUUCGAGACUUGCACAAUUUAACCAAUUUAGAAGAAUUGAAGUUGGGUAAAUCUAAGCUCCAUAUAAGCUUUCUACAAAAUGUCGCCACCAUUUCUUCAUUGAAACAUUUGUCAAUGAUCGAUUGUGAAUUCAAUGGCUUCUCACAUGAUCAAGGUCCAAUCGUUUUCAAAAAUUUGGAAAGUUUGAUCAUGGAUUAUGUUACUCUCGACAACAGUUUUUCUAAAAUCUUUACACCGAUAACUUCACUUAAGCAAUUAUCAUUGUCUGGUUGUAGACUUAAUGACACAUUAUAUGAUCAAGGUGUGUGUGAGAUGGUUCAUUUGCAAAAGUUGUAUAUUGACUCCAAUAAUUUAUGGGGUACCUUACCUUCAUGUCUUGCAAAUUUGACUUCACUUCAGCAAUUAUAUAUCUCUUCGAAUCAAAUUAUGGGAAACAUCUCUUUGUCUCCCCUUAAGGAUCUUACAUCGCUCAAAGUUCUUCACAUUUCAAACAAUCUCUUUCAAAUACCAAUUUCACUCAAUUCAUUUUUUAAUCUUUCAAACCUCAAAGAUUUCGAGAGUGAAAAUAACCAAUUAUAUGUGGAGACGAUGUCAGAUUCCUUGAUCCCAAAGUUUCAAUUAAAUUUCAUAACAUUGUCUGGUUAUGGAAAUGUUGGUGCUUAUCCCAAAUUUCUUUAUCAUCAACAUGAUUUGCAAAAUGUUUACCUCUCUCACAUAAACUUAGGUGGAAAUUUUCCUUAUUGGUUAUUGUAUAGCAAUACCCAAUUGCAAACACUUCAUCUAGUUAAUAAUUCUCUUUCAGGAACUUUUCAAAUGUCAUUUGAGGCCAAUUUGAAUUUAACAACAUUAGAUGUCUCCUUCAAUUUCUUUCAUGGUCAAAUUCUAAAAGAUAUUGGUGCAAAAUUACCAAACCUAAUGUCUUUAAACAUGUCUAGAAAUGGUUUCAAUGGUAGUCUUCCAUCUUCUUUGGUGAUAUGAAGUCAUUGAGAAUUUUAGACUUAUCCAACAAUAACUUGUCCGGUAGAGUACCUGAACAUUUAACCAUGGGUUGUUUCUCACUACAAAUACUUAAGUUAUCAAAUAACAAUUUACAAGGUCAAAUCUUUUCAAAUAAUUUGAACAUGACUGAAUUGUUAUGGUUACAAUUGGGUGGAAAUCAUUUUAGUGGAAAGAUCUCAGAAAGCUUCUUAAACUGCUCCUUGUUGGAAGUAUUAUAUCUUAAUGAUAACCAUCUCUCCGGCAAAGUCCCAAGAUGGUUUGGAAAUCUAUCAUAUUUGGGGGAUAUAAUGAUGUCUAAUAACCAACUUGAAGGUCCACUUCCGAAGGAACUUUGCCAAUUAAAAUAUCUUGAAAUUUUGGACCUUUCUGAGAAUAAUAUCUCUGGAAAUUUACCAUCUUGUUUUGACUCUUCAAGUAUCAAACAACUUCACUUGUCAAGAAAUAGAUUUCAAGGACAUCUAAAAGAUUUUUACAUUAAUAGUUCCUCAUUGGUGGUCUUAGAUCUUAGUUAUAACCAUUUAAAAGGGAACAUUCCACAUUGGAUCGGGAAACUCCAUUCUUUAGGUUACUUGAUCUUAAGUAACAACAACCUUGAGGGUGAAUUACCUACUCAAUUGUGCAAUUUGGGAGAGCUACGCUUGAUAGAUUUUUCAAAAAACAAUCUUCAUGGUAAAAUUCCUUCUUGCUUAUAUUUUACUGCUCUUCGUGAAGGGAAUGGAAAUGAUGAAACUUUAACUUCUAGCUUUGAGGAUGAAAGUUAUUUUAUUUAUUCUGAUUGGCUUCCAAGAGGAAGUGAAGAAUCUAUAAAAAUCAUUACCAAAAAUAUAUCAUGCUCUUAUAAAGGAAGAAUCCUCCAAUUUAUGUCUGGAAUUGAUCUUUCAUGCAAUAAAUUGUCUUAUGAGAUUCCUAAUACAAUAGGAAAUCUUACAAGGAUUCGUACCCUUAAUUUUUCCAAUAAUAAUUUGACAGGAUCAAUCCCAAUGACAUUCUCAAAUCUUAAACAAAUUGAGAGUUUGGAUCUUUCCCAUAACAAUUUAAGUGGAGAAAUUCCUUCUGAACUAGUAGAAAUAUAUACUUUGUCUGUAUUUAGCGUAGCGUACAAUAAUUUAUCAGACAAAACACCUAACAGGAUUAGACAAUUUGCAACCUUUGAAGAGAGUAGCUAUGAAGGAAAUAAAUUUCUUUGUGGAUUGCCAUUGAAUAGAAGUUGCAGCAUGUUGGAAUCACCAUCAUUGCCACCAAAAGCUUCAUCGGGUAAUGAAGAAAAUUAUAGUAAUUUUGUUGAUAUGGACGUUUUCUAUAUAAGUUUUGUGGUGACCUAUAUAACUAUGUUUUUAGCAAUUGUUAUAAUUUUGUAUGUGAAUCCAUAUUGGCGACGAUCUUGGUUUUAUCUUGUGGAGAUUUGGUUGUUCUCUUGUUACUACUUUGUUAUUGACCAUCUCACAUUGUAAUAUUAUAUGUAAAUUUUGUUUUCCUGUUGAAAACAAUUUUUUUUUCUAUGUGUUAUUGGAAAGAUAACACAUAUUUUAAAGACGUAUAGCU